AUGAGCUCUUACGUAGCCAACUCGUUGUUUAAGCAAACUCACGAUGCGUCAGCUUUCGCUUUGCACAACCAUGGCUACGGAUCUAACCCCGAACUCAACGUGUCCGGCUACAGUGGUUAUGGAGGGCAUGAUCACCGCGGGUCAUUUCCGUCCCCACGGUCCUCGAGUUCCAUUGGCAUGGGAGAGAUGAACGCUGUGCUGCGUGGCAAUCCUGGUGACCUUACACCACGGACAGAGUCUUCCACAGGAGACGCUACCCAGAGACACCUCAUGAACGAGCAGACAAGCGGCCAGGGAUCUCUAAAUCUGGGACUGUAUCGUCGAAAACCAGUGACGGACUCAGAUUUGAGCGAAAUGCCCAUCCGCAAGACACAAACAGGAGAGAUCAAAGUCGGAACUUUGCAACCCGUCCAGCCAGUAACACUAGCAAACCAUUCGACUCAGCCACAAACCAGCGAGCAGCAACCACAAAUAUAUCCCUGGAUGACUAAACUACACAUGGGUCACGAGGCUGACGGCAAAAGGUCAAGGACGAGUUACACACGCUACCAAACUCUGGAGUUGGAGAAAGAGUUCCAUUUCAACCGGUAUCUGACGCGUCGUAGGCGCAUCGAGAUCGCGCAUACGCUCUGUCUGAAUGAGAGGCAAAUCAAAAUCUGGUUCCAGAACCGACGAAUGAAGUGGAAGAAGGACUCAAAGCUUAAAAUGAAAGAGUCCAUCUAAAACAGGGGGGCAUUUUCAAACGAUAUCAACGUUUCUGUUUGAGAUGACAUUCAAAGACUCAUCACCACCUGUUUCCAA